AUGGCAUCGUCUUCGGCUGUAGGAAAGUUGUCAAGGGAGGAAUUCAGACGACAGAAGGAUCUCGAUGCCGCUCGAAAAGCAGGCACUGCACCGGCUGCACUUGACGAGGAAGGGCGUCCUAUCAAUCCACACAUUCCACAAUAUAUCUCCCAAGCACCAUGGUAUCUCGAUACUGGGGCACCGUCUCUAAACCACCAACGUCGACCGGACUACGACGAUUCUUCAAGUAAACUUGACAAUUGGUACGACAGAGGAGCAAAAGCAGGACCUGCCGCUAAAAAGUUUCGUAAAGGAGCAUGCGAGAAUUGUGGUGCCAUGACUCACAAGAAACGAGAUUGCUUGGAGAGGCCACGGAAAAAAGGAGCAAAGUACACGAACAAAGAUAUUCAAGCAGACGAUGUUAUUCAAGAAGUUUCAGCAGGAUAUGACGCCAAACGUGAUCGUUGGAAUGGGUACGAUGCUGCUGAACACAAGCGAGUUUAUGAAGAAUAUGCUGCUGUGGAGGCUGCCAGGCAGAAGUUACGGGAGGAAGAAAUCGACAAUCAAACAACAACAGAUUUGGCAGCCGUUCGUAAAGUUGCCAAGGCUGGAAAAUCUGAAACAAAAGUAGACGCCGACUUUGGAUCCAGUGAAGAUGAAGAUGCGGAUGAAGAUAAAUAUGCAGACGCGGCAGACGCCGUUGGCCAGAAACUGGACGCAAAAACUCGUAUUACUGUUCGAAACCUACGUAUUCGUGAAGAUACAGCUAAAUAUUUGAUCAAUUUGGACCCAGACAGUGCCUAUUACGACCCCAAAACACGUUCAAUGAGAGAUGCUCCUCUCAAGAAUGUUCCAGCGGAAGACGCAAAGUUUGCGGGUGAUAAUUUUUUCCGUUAUUCGGGCGAAGCGCCUGAAGUCCAAGACCUUCAAUUAUUUGCGUGGCAAGCGGCUGCUCGAGGUAACGACGUACAUCUCAACGCGAAUCCUACUCAGGGAGAAUUACUGCAUUAUGAAUUCAAGCAAAAGAAGGAAGAACUCAAAGACACAACAAAAUCCAGUAUUCUGGCAAAAUAUGGAGGGGCUGAAUACCUCGAUUCCGCGCCGAAGGAGCUCCGUCUGGGUCAAACAGAAAAUUAUGUAGAAUAUUCUCGAACAGGUCAAGUUAUCAAAGGACGCGAAAAGGCGAAGGCUCGAUCGAAAUAUCCUGAAGACGUUUAUGUCAACAACCACACGGCCGUAUGGGGCUCUUGGUACGACACAUCGACGGGGACUUGGGGAUAUGCUUGCUGUCACUCUACUCUUCACCUGUCUUAUUGCGCUGGCAAGGCCGGGAUUGAAGCGGCCUAUGCGUCAAGUGCACAACACUUGCUUUCGACAUCAGACGCUCCUCCUAUCACCGAAAAGUCUGAAAAAAUACCAGAAACGGAAGCACAAGAAACGCAGCCGGCCAAAGUCGAUCAGAACUACUCGAAGAAGCGAAUUGGAGAGGGAGAUAUCAAACUCGACCAAGGAAAGCUUGCACAGGCCGUCCUGGAAGAAAAGAAGAGGAAGGCUAGAGGAGGAAAAGACGACGAACGAUCAAAUAAAAAAAUUAAAAGCAGUCUUGAAAGCGGUAGUCAUGAAGUUACCGAAGAAGAACUUGAGGCAUACCGCAUGUCACGGCGGCAGACUGAAGACCCUAUGGCAAAUUAUGUUGAUGAAGACAUUUAA